AUGCACCCAAUCCACUGGCCGCUGCCUUUUGUCUUUCCCCUCUUCUGGGAGCUCUUUGGGCAGAACGCAGCUGAGACGCCCAGGGGCUUUCAGCUCGACCAUGACACCGUCCUCGCCCGGCAGGUGGCUGGUUCCCCGGAGGCUCUGCCAGUCCGCGAGGGCAUGGGCGGCCAAAGUGUAGCACGCCCUCCUGCACAGCUGGGUGACGCCACACAUUCUACUCGCUGCCGUGGGCAGCUGGCUGGCCGCUGGCUAGACCUGGCAUGCUUCAUGCAGUGCGAAGGUCCACAUUUUCAAGACGGCUGGGCUGUGUUCCGCACGAAAGUGGAAGAGAAUGCCCGACUUCACUACAGAGUGGAUAUGGCACUCUUCGAGUCCGCUAACCAAGUGAUUGAGGAGUCGCUACAGCAGGGCACAGGCUUGAUUGUGGGCAGGUCCCGCUUCAUGGACCGCUUGCGACACGAGACCAACGAGGAUAGCACUCUCCAAGGCUUCUGCCUGUAUGGCAUCGUAGCUGCUGCCUUCAUCCGAGCCCGACAUUUUCUGGAAGCAGAGGUGCUGCGAGCAGUGGGCCUGGCGCCAGGUGAGGCAGUGCAGCUUGCACAUGAGGGCUUUGAGCUGGCCAUGGACCUUUUGUCGGACCUUCACAGCAAUGCCAAGAUGGAGCUGAGCUUCUUGGACAGCUCCUCGUGGCCAAUCCGAGCUGAGGACAUCCUGCUGAACUUGCAGCUGCAGAAGGAAACACCUGGACACCCUUUCCGCCUGAUCUCCGCGGACAAGGCUGCACGACCAGAUGCGCUGAGUGUGGCGCCACCUAGCUCUCUGGGAACUUCAGGUGGCAGAGGUGGCAGGCUCUUGAAGCUUUGUGGAGUUGGAGACCAUCUGUCUGCGACGUUGGAUAUUGUGAUGAUGGCGGAGGCAGCCAUCCGCCUCCAGGACGCCUCUUCCGUCGUGAGCGAGCACAUUUUUCUGGGCCGUUUUUGUCCCAGACAUCAUGGCCAGAGGCAUCAGUGCCAGCAGCGCUGCCAAUGGCUGGGACUGGGCUGUGGCUCAGAAUUGGAAGCUCAGAUGGACCCCAUGGACCCCAUCGAGCUCUGGCUCUCCACGAUCUUUGACCCUGUGACCCUUGAAGAGCUGCCCUUCGACCUUACACAAGCCCGCAGCAGCUUGGCAUCGGCUGUGCACACUGAUCCUCGUCUCAAUGCAGAUCUCAUUCUGUGCUCUCAUCCCAGCAUUCUAUGCCUGCUGCUUGCCGAGGUCUCCAAUCAGCCCAUCUUCGCCCAUGCAUCCUCAGCCUUGCUCUACGGCUUGCCCUGCUCCGGGUGUGGCGCCGGUUCGACCUUGAGGUUCUUCAGCGUGGGGCCGGGCAAUGCUGCCUUCUCCUACCUCACCAGCGUGCAGCAGCUGUUGCAACGCAGAGGCAAAUUUGCUCUGGUGGCUGAAGGGCGAUUCUUGCAGGAGCAGAUCGCCUACCAGGUGGGCGUCCUGCCGAGCUGGGCCCCACCACUAGCACUCUACGCUCCUCUUGGCACCGCGAGAGCCCGCAGUGGCGCUGUGCUCGCGCUGAGGUCAAGAUUCUUCUCCACACUCAUGGGUGAGCAUUGGUGUGCCCUCUUUCGCGAACUUGCCCUGGGCGCAGGACUUGAGGUCUCGCUGCUGGGCUUCCAAGAGCAGUGGCUGAGCCUGGAAAGCAUUGCAGGCUACCGCGCUGCGGUUCUUUUGCCAAAUGAUUUGCACCAGCGGACCUUCCACGAACUCUUCCGGAUGGCGAUGCCACUUUUCCUACCUGACGCGCUGGGGAUGUACAGGCUGCAGAGGGCAGCCAACUGGGGCUACGCCUCCUACGGUGGUCGUUUGCCUGGUAUGGUGAGCAGGCAUCCUUUUCCGCCAUGGUGGUGCACUUACAGAGCGCUCCCUGAGACAGUCCUCUAUUGGCAGCAGUUCGCCGACUGGGAGCAAGCACAUGUCCAGCGCUUUGGGAGCUUGCCGCAGCUGGUCCUCGAUCUCUCCGAGCUCGAUCUGGCGGAGGUGAGCUCCAAGAUGAUGGAGAAACAUGCCGAGGUGCACCAAUGGGCUCUACAGGUACUGAGCCAGGAGAUCGCUCGGCUGCUGUGA